CAGGAUGGAGCCGGGCAGAUGGACACAAUCGAUAUCGAGAAAAACAAGCACGACGACCAUUCAGAAUGGGACAAGCACACCAAGAUUCCUGGAAAGAAGGACCCGAACCAGCCUUACCUCACCUUUGGCCAACGGAUAAAGCACUACACAUGGGCCAACUACACCCUGACCAUGGCUACUGGCGGUCUUGCUACGCUCAUUGCCAUCCAGCCACACGCCUUUCCUGGUCUCAAGAUUAUCGGCGCCGUCUUCUACAUUCUCAACAUCCUCUUGUUCACUGCUGUUACCAUGACACUGAUCCUCCGCUUCACCAAGUUCGCCGGCUCUUUCAAGGAGUCGAUUGCUCAUGAGCGCGAAGGUCUCUUCCUCGGUCCCUUCUUCCUGUCCAUCGCAACCAUCAUCACCGGCACGCAGAAAUACAUCAUCGAGUCUUACGAGAUGAAUCAUCCGAACCGUGCUUGGGCCAUCACUACCAUGCAGGUGGCUUUCUGGGCCUACACGUUCAUCACAUUCUGUCUUGCAAGCUUCCAGUACUCGUAUCUCUUUUGCCAUCAUACGUACAAGCUGACCAGCUUCAUGCCUUCGUGGCUUCUGCCCAUCUUCCCCAUCAUGCUCGCUGGUACCAUCGCGUCUGUCAUUGCCAAAGACCAGCCAGUCGAGUCGAGAAUGCCGAUUCUCGUGGCGGGCCUGGGGUGUCAGGGUCUGGGUUUCACUGUCGCUAUCCUGAUGUACGCGCACUACAUUGGUCGCCUCAUGCAGGUCGGAUACCCCGACCGUGAACAUCGAGGCGCCAUGUUCAUCGCCGUUGGCCCUCCAUCUUUCACCUGCUUGGCUCUGAUUGGUAUGUCCAACGCGCUGCCCGACGACUUUGACCUGCAGGGUGAUGGCCUUAUCGACGCAAAGGUCCUGCGCACACUUGCUCUUGUUGUCGCACUCUUCCUCUGGGUACUGGCCAUGUGGUUCUUCAUGGUUACCCUCGUCGCUGUCAUCCACCAAUGGGCUGUCUACUUUCACCUUGGCUGGUGGGCCAUGGUCUUCCCCAACACCGGUUUCGUCAUCGCUACCAUCUCCAUUGGCAAUGCCUUGCGAGACGAUACGGUGCUAUAUGUGGGCAAUGGUCUCUCGAUUGCCAUCAUCAUGAUGUGGUCGUUUGUCCUGUUCAAGCACAUUCAAGCUGUUGUCGUUGCUGACAUCAUCUACCCCGGCAUGGACGAGGAUAUUGCCGACCACUAAACCAUACAUACACUUUCCUAUCCUUGUUUUUAGCGACCUGCUUUUAUUGAGUUCACAUCACUGUAUUUUCAACACAUCUUAUAAAGCGCCGCACCAUCAAAAGCAAUGACGCUCUUUAUACCCCAUGCUUUCCUACAUAGUUUUUGUUUUUAGUCGUUUCCCUGUAAAGCCGCAAGCUGGUCUCCACGCUUUGAUUUUUCUUUCUUUUCUUUUUUCCCAUUCUCCUUCCCUGUUCUAUAUAACUGUUCUCUGGAGCAUUAGACAAUUGGCG